AUGUCCAACAUUGAGCACAUCCAUCGCACCAUAGUCCAAGGAACAGAUGUCUUCUACAGAGAAGCCGGCUCCGAGUCCAAGCCGAAGCUGCUGCUGCUCCACGGCUACCCAACGUCGUCGUACAUGUUCCGCAACCUGAUUCCUUUGUUGUCGUCUCAUUUACAUGUCGUUGCUCCCGACCUUCCAGGAUUUGGCUUUACGGAGCCAAAACCAGGCUAUAUAUUUGAUUUUGAGGCACUUACAGAGACCAUUGACCAGUUUGUGACGAAGCUUGGCUGGACGAAAUUUGCAAUCUACGUUUUUGACUACGGCUCGCCAGUUGGCUUCCGUCUCGCACUGAAAAACCCGUCUCGAAUCACGGCAAUCAUCUCGCAGAACGGAAAUGCCUAUGAUGAGGGAAUCGACGACAGGUUUUGGGGGCCACUGAAAAAGUACUGGGCAGCAGGAAAAAACGACCCAGAGCUGACAUCUGCGCUGAGAGCGUAUAUCGAGGACAAGAGAAAUGUCGACUCCCAGUAUUUUGACGGUGUUUCUGAUACGAUAGCGAUUGAUUUGGCUCCCUCGACGCUGGACUGGGCUCUACUUUGUAGAGGAGGACAGACAGAUAUCCAGCUUGGCUUGUUCUUCGACUACCAGAACAACAUUCGCCAGUAUCCGCAGUUUCAAGAAUUUUUCAGAAACUCCGGUGUUCCUGUCCUGCUUGCGUGGGGAAAGAACGAUGCCAUUUUCAGCUUCGCAGGAGCAGAGGCGUUCAGAAGAGACGUGAAGCCGGAGAACUUGGACAUACGUUACUUUGAUACCGGCCACUUUGCUCUUGAAACGCAUGCAGAGGAGAUUGCUGGUGCUAUUAUCAACUUUGUGGUUCCAAGAUUGUAG